UUCCUGUUUAAGCGCAGCCAUGGCUUCUCCAGAUGCUGAGAUGGCCGCCUUUGGGGAGGCCGCUCCCUAUCUCCGAAAGUCAGAGAAGGAAAGAAUUGAGGCCCAGAACAAGCCUUUUGAUGCCAAGACAUCUGUUUUUGUGGUGCAUCCCAAAGAAUCCUUUGUGAAAGGGACAAUCCAAAGCAAAGAAUCUGGGAAGGUCACUGUCAAGACUGAAGGUGGAGAGACUCUGACUGUGAAAGAAGAUCAGGUCUUCUCCAUGAACCCUCCCAAGUACGAUAAAAUUGAGGACAUGGCCAUGAUGACCCACCUCCAUGAACCCGCUGUGCUGUACAACCUCAAAGAGCGUUAUGCAGCCUGGAUGAUCUACACCUACUCGGGCCUCUUCUGUGUCACUGUCAACCCCUACAAGUGGCUGCCGGUGUACAACCCGGAGGUGGUGUUGGCCUACCGAGGCAAAAAGCGCCAGGAGGCCCCUCCACACAUCUUCUCCAUCUCUGACAACGCCUAUCAGUUCAUGCUGACUGACCGUGAGAAUCAGUCAAUUCUGAUCACUGGAGAAUCCGGUGCAGGAAAGACUGUGAACACGAAACGUGUCAUCCAGUACUUUGCAACAAUUGCAGCUAGCGGGGAGAAGAAGAAGGAGGAGCAGCCUGGCAAAAUGCAGGGAACACUUGAGGAUCAAAUCAUCAGUGCCAACCCGCUGCUGGAGGCCUUUGGAAAUGCCAAGACUGUGAGGUCCCUGCUUUCAGACAUGCUCCUUAUUACCACCAACCCAUAUGAUUACCAUUAUGUGAGUCAAGGCGAGAUUACCGUUCCCAGUAUUGAUGACCAAGAGGAGCUUAUGGCUACAGAUAGUGCCAUUGACAUCCUGGGCUUCACUGCUGAUGAAAAGACUGCCAUCUACAAGCUGACAGGGGCUGUCAUGCACUAUGGGAAUUUGAAGUUCAAGCAGAAACAGCGAGAGGAGCAGGCAGAGCCAGAUGGCACAGAAGUGGCUGAUAAGGCUGCCUACCUCAUGGGCCUGAAUUCAGCUGAAUUGCUCAAAGCCCUGUGUUAUCCUCGAGUGAAGGUUGGGAAUGAAUUCGUGACCAAAGGUCAAACUGUGUCACAGGUGCACAAUUCAGUUGGUGCUCUGGCAAAGGCUGUCUAUGAGAAGAUGUUCUUGUGGAUGGUUAUUCGCAUCAACCAACAGCUGGAUACCAAGCAGCCCAGGCAGUACUUCAUUGGUGUCCUGGACAUUGCUGGCUUUGAGAUCUUUGAUUUCAACAGCUUUGAGCAGCUGUGCAUCAACUUCACCAAUGAGAAACUGCAACAGUUCUUCAACCACCACAUGUUCGUGCUGGAACAGGAGGAGUACAAGAAGGAAGGCAUUGAAUGGGAAUUCAUUGACUUUGGGAUGGACCUGGCUGCCUGCAUUGAGCUCAUUGAAAAGCCCAUGGGGAUCUUCUCCAUCCUGGAAGAGGAGUGCAUGUUCCCCAAGGCAACUGACACCUCUUUCAAGAACAAGCUCUAUGACCAGCAUCUGGGCAAGUCCAACAAUUUCCAGAAGCCCAAGCCUGCCAAAGGCAAGGCUGAGGCCCACUUCUCCCUGGUGCACUAUGCUGGCACAGUGGACUACAACAUCUCUGGCUGGCUUGAGAAGAACAAGGACCCCCUGAACGAAACUGUCAUUGGGUUGUACCAGAAAUCAUCUGUGAAGACACUGGCCUUACUGUUUGCCACCUAUGGUGGAGAAGCUGAGGGUGGUGGCAAAAAGGGUGGCAAGAAGAAGGGUUCUUCUUUCCAGACAGUCUCAGCUCUUUUCCGUGAGAAUUUAAACAAGUUGAUGGCUAACCUGAGAAGCACUCACCCCCAUUUUGUACGCUGCAUCAUCCCAAAUGAAACAAAAACACCUGGUGCCAUGGAACAUGAACUGGUGCUGCACCAGCUGCGAUGCAAUGGUGUGCUAGAAGGCAUCAGGAUUUGCAGGAAAGGAUUCCCCAGCAGAGUCCUAUAUGCUGACUUCAAACAGAGAUAUAGAGUGCUUAAUGCAAGUGCUAUCCCAGAGGGACAAUUUAUGGAUAGCAAGAAGGCUUCUGAGAAGCUCCUUGGAUCCAUUGAUGUGGACCACACCCAGUACAGAUUUGGUCACACCAAGGUGUUCUUCAAAGCUGGGCUGCUGGGACUCCUGGAGGAGAUGAGAGAUGAUAAGCUGGCUGAAAUCAUCACUCGCACACAAGCCAGAUGCAGGGGCUUCCUGAUGAGAGUGGAGUACCAGAGAAUGGUGGAAAGGAGGGAGUCCAUUUUCUGCAUCCAGUACAAUGUUCGUUCAUUCAUGAAUGUCAAGCACUGGCCCUGGAUGAAGCUGUUCUUCAAAAUCAAGCCCCUGCUGAAGAGCGCAGAGUCUGAGAAGGAGAUGGCCAACAUGAAGGAAGAGUUUGAGAAGACCAAGGAAGAGCUUGCAAAAUCUGAGGCAAAGAGGAAGGAGCUGGAGGAGAAAAUGGUUGUCCUAUUGCAGGAGAAAAAUGACCUGCAGCUCCAAGUGCAGGCGGAAGCAGAUAGCUUGGCUGAUGCUGAGGAAAGAUGUGACCAGCUCAUCAAAACCAAAAUCCAGCUGGAAGCCAAAAUUAAGGAGGUGACAGAACGAGCUGAGGAUGAGGAGGAAAUUAAUGCUGAGCUGACAGCCAAGAAGAGGAAACUGGAGGAUGAAUGCUCAGAGCUGAAGAAAGAUAUAGAUGACCUGGAGUUAACAUUGGCCAAAGUUGAGAAGGAAAAGCAUGCCACUGAAAACAAGGUGAAAAAUCUCACAGAAGAGAUGGCAGUCCUGGAUGAGACAAUUGCCAAGCUGACAAAAGAGAAGAAAGCCCUCCAAGAGGCACAUCAGCAGACACUGGAUGACCUGCAAGUAGAGGAAGACAAAGUCAAUACUCUGACCAAAGCUAAAACCAAGCUGGAGCAGCAAGUGGACGAUCUGGAAGGGUCCCUGGAGCAAGAGAAGAAGCUGCGCAUGGACCUCGAGAGAGCUAAGAGGAAACUUGAAGGAGACCUGAAGCUAUCCCAUGAUAGCAUAAUGGAUUUGGAAAAUGAUAAGCAGCAGCUAGAUGAGAAACUGAAGAAGAAAGACUUUGAAAUCAGCCAAAUCCAGAGCAAAAUUGAGGAUGAGCAAGCCCUGGGCAUGCAGUUACAGAAGAAGAUCAAGGAGCUCCAGGCCCGUAUUGAGGAACUGGAGGAGGAAAUUAGUGAGCUGAAGAUGGAGAUUGAUGACUUGGCCAGCAACAUGGAGUCUGUCUCCAAAGCCAAGGCAAAUCUAGAGAAGAUGUGCCGCACUCUGGAGGACCAGCUGAGUGAGCUUAAAACCAAGGAGGAACAAAAUCAGCGCAUGAUCAAUGACCUCAAUACCCAAAGAGCCCGUCUGCAAACAGAAACAGGUGAAUAUUCUCGCCAGGCAGAGGAAAAAGAUGCUUUGAUUUCUCAGCUCUCUAGGGGCAAGCAGGGAUUUACCCAACAGAUUGAGGAACUGAAGAGACAUCUAGAGGAAGAAAUAAAGGCCAAGAAUGCCCUGGCUCACGCCUUACAAUCUGCACGUCAUGACUGUGAGUUGCUCCGAGAACAAUAUGAGGAGGAGCAGGAAGCCAAGGGUGAGCUGCAGCGUGUCUUGUCCAAGGCCAACAGCGAAGUGGCCCAGUGGAGAACCAAAUAUGAGACGGAUGCUAUUCAGCGCACAGAGGAGCUGGAGGAGGCCAAGAAGAAGCUGGCACAGCGCCUGCAGGAUGCAGAGGAACACGUUGAAGCUGUGAAUGCCAAAUGUGCUUCCCUGGAAAAGACAAAGCAGAGGCUGCAGAAUGAGGUGGAGGACCUGAUGGUUGAUGUGGAGCGAUCAAAUGCUGCCUGUGCAGCUCUGGACAAGAAACAGAAGAACUUUGACAAGAUCUUGGCGGAGUGGAAGCAGAAGUACGAGGAAACACAGACUGAGCUGGAGGCCUCCCAGAAGGAGUCUCGCUCCCUCAGCACAGAGCUGUUCAAGAUGAAGAAUGCCUAUGAGGAGUCCCUGGACCACCUGGAAACGCUGAAGCGAGAGAACAAGAACUUGCAGCAGGAGAUUGCCGACCUCACGGAGCAGAUUGCAGAGGGAGGAAAAGCGGUUCAUGAGCUGGAGAAAGUCAAGAAGCAUGUUGAGCAGGAGAAGUCUGAACUCCAAGCCUCUCUGGAGGAAGCUGAGGCCUCCCUGGAACACGAAGAGGGGAAGAUCCUGCGCCUCCAACUGGAGCUUAACCAGAUCAAAUCUGAGAUUGACAGGAAGAUAGCUGAGAAAGAUGAGGAAAUUGACCAGCUGAAGAGAAAUCACCUCAGAAUUGUGGAGUCCAUGCAGAGCACCUUGGAUUCUGAGAUUAGGAGCAGGAAUGAAGCCCUGCGGCUGAAGAAGAAGAUGGAGGGAGACCUGAAUGAAAUGGAGAUCCAGCUGAGCCAUGCCAACCGCAUGGCUGCUGAGGCACAAAAGAACCUGAGAAACACACAAGGAACACUCAAGGAUACCCAGAUACAUUUGGAUGACGCUCUCAGAACACAGGAGGAUCUGAAGGAACAGGUGGCCAUGGUGGAGCGCAGAGCAAACCUGUUGCAGGCUGAAGUUGAGGAGCUACGAGGAGCCCUGGAGCAGACGGAGCGCUCAAGGAAAGUGGCUGAGCAGGAGCUUCUGGACGCAACUGAACGUGUGCAACUUCUCCACACCCAGAAUACCAGCUUGAUCAACACCAAAAAGAAGCUGGAAACAGACAUUGUGCAAAUUCAGAGUGAAAUGGAAGACACCAUCCAGGAAGCCCGCAAUGCUGAAGAGAAGGCCAAGAAGGCCAUCACCGAUGCGGCCAUGAUGGCAGAAGAGCUGAAGAAGGAGCAGGACACCAGUGCCCACCUGGAGAGGAUGAAGAAGAACAUGGACCAGACAGUGAAGGACUUGCAGCUCCGUCUGGAUGAGGCAGAGCAGCUGGCUCUGAAGGGAGGCAAGAAGCAACUCCAGAAGCUGGAGGCCAGGGUGCGGGAGCUGGAAGGGGAGGUUGAUUCUGAGCAGAAGCGCAGCGCUGAAGCUGUGAAGGGUGUGCGCAAGUACGAGAGGAGGGUGAAGGAGCUGACCUACCAGACUGAGGAAGACCGGAAGAAUAUUCUCAGGCUCCAGGAUCUGGUGGACAAACUGCAGAUGAAAGUGAAAUCCUACAAGAGACAAGCUGAGGAGGCUGAGGAGCUGUCCAAUGUCAACCUCUCCAAAUUCCGCAAGAUCCAGCACGAGCUGGAGGAAGCAGAGGAGCGGGCUGACAUUGCAGAGUCACAGGUCAACAAGCUCCGUGUGAAGAGUCGGGAGAUUCAUGGCAAGAAGAUAGAAGAGGAAGAGUGAGAAUGUCAUGAUAGUAAAGUGGCAUAAGGAAUUCACAAAAUGUGAAAACUCUGUCACUUUUUUCCAUAAUUUGUAUUUUUAACCCCCUCCAUACAUGGCAAAUAAAAG